UUUCCAGAGAAGAAGGCGAAGGCGGGACGCGCACCGGUGGGUCUCGGCAGAGCCGGGAGGCUGCAUGGGGGAGCCCCGCGAGAACGCUGGGUGUGCGUCCGCAGGCAGCUGCGCUGCUCCCCGACCCCAAAUCCUGGGGCAGUCCACCCUCCGGAGGCGGCAGAACUCUAAGGGGCGAUUGUGCGUGUGUAAAGGUGUGGAAAUCACAAAUGUCGUCAAGUGAUGGAAGGUCCAGGAUUCGGGACAGGGGCUAUAGUGAGGUUCCAGGGGGCGUGCCUGGUCCAGAUGGUACCGUAAGAACCCUCCAGUCCCUGCAGAGCAGUGAGCUGGCCGUGAGCGCAGAUCCUCUGCCGCCUCCCCCUCUCCCAUUACAGCCACCAUACGGCCCCAGCUUCUACUCAAGUGACACAGAGGAACCAGCCGCAGCCCCAGACCUCAAGCCGGUCCGGCGCUUUGUGCCCGACUCCUGGAAGAACUUCUUCAGAGGGAAGAAAAGGGACCCGGAAUGGGAUAAGCCGGUGUCUGAUAUCAGAUACAUCUCUGAUGGGGUGGAGUGUUCACCUCCGGCCUCUCCAGCGAGACCGAACCACCUCCCGCCCAGCUCUUACAGAGACCCCUGCGGAGGGUCAGAAGGCACCUUUAACUCCCAGCAAGAGGCGGAUGCCAUGUUUCCCCAGGACCCCUGUGCGUCCCUAGACGGGCGCACGCCGACGGCGCGGACCUACAGCGAGAAGGUGGAGGAGUACAACCUUCGGUACGCCUACAUGAAGUCGUGGGCAGGCCUGCUGAGAAUUCUGGGGGUGGCGGAGCUGCUUCUGGGGGCUGGCGUCUUCGCCUGUGUCACAGCGUACAUCCACAAGGACAACGAGUGGUACAACCUAUUUGGAUAUUCACAGCCCUAUGGCGCGGGAGGUCUUGGCAGCCUGGGCAGCACAUACGGGGGUUAUUACUACAGCGGCCCCAAGACCCCUUUUGUACUCGUGGUGGCUGGAUUGGCCUGGAUCGCCACUAUUAUUAUUCUGGUGCUUGGCAUGUCCAUGUAUUACCGCACCAUUCUUUUGGACUCCAACUGGUGGCCCCUGACGGAGUUUGGAGUGAACGUUGCCUUGUUUAUCCUGUACAUGGCUGCAGCCAUUGUCUAUGUGAACGACACCAACCGAGGCGGACUCUGCUACUAUCCAUUAUUCAACACGCCGAUGAAUGCAGUGUUCUGCCGGGUAGAAGGAGGUCAGAUAGCCGCGAUGAUCUUUCUGUUUGUCACCAUGAUCGUUUACCUCAUCAGCGCCCUGGUCUGUCUGAAGCUGUGGAGGCACGAGGCAGCUCGGAGACACAGGGAAUACAUGCAGCACAUGGAGCAGCAGCGGGAGGUAAAUGACCCGUCGUUGUCAUCACAAAGGAGAAUGUGUGAAGUGGCCACCGGUGACAGACAGAGAGACCAAGAAGCUCAUUUCAAAGAGUUGAGGUCAGCGAAAAUGACCCCUGAACUCCUGAGCGGACACAUCCCUCCAGGCUACAUCCCCAAGCCCAUCGUGAUGCCCGACUACGUGGCAAAAUAUCCUGUGAUUCGGACGGACGAUGAUCGCGAACGCUAUAAAGCUGUGUUCCAGGACCAGUUUUCCGAGUACAAGGAGCUGUCCUCGGAAGUGCAGGCCAUCCUGAGGAAGUUCGAUGAGCUGGACGCGGUGAUGAGCAGGCUGCCACGUCAUUCUGAAAACCACCAGGAACACGAGAGAAUAUCAAGAAUCCAUGAAGAGUUUAGGAAAAAGAAGAAUGAUCCCUCAUUUCUGGAAAAAAAGGAGCGUUGUGAUUACCUCAAGAACAAACUUUCUCACAUAAAGCAGAGAAUUCAAGAAUAUGAUAAAGUAAUGAACUGGGAUACGCAAGGUUAUUCUUAGACCGUUUGGAAUUGUUUUUAUAGCCAACUAUUUAUUCACUGCCUUUACACGCUGGUUUCAUGGAUGAGAAGCCGGCCCGUCCAGGUCAGCUUCUGCUUGGUUUCCCGUCCGAGGUGGAACGGUGUGAUUUCACUCAAACAUUUCAAACCCACUGAGAGCCUUCACUGAGACUGGAGAGACCGUGUGUGUGUUCACCUGCCUCCACGUCCAUGUUUUUCUCAUUAAAAUGUGUUGUCAUUUUAGAUUUCCUGUCACUGGAGAGUGACAAGCUCGUUGUCCCAAGUUCUGAUGUUGCUGUUUCCUCCGUUCAGGCUGCUUCCCUCAACUUCUCUAGGAGUUUCUCUUCCUAAGGAAAGUUCUCGGGAGGUUCUUUCCUGGGAAUGUCGCUCCCAUCACUAGGGCUUGAAGCCAGGAUCAGCGGUCACACACUUUGUGGUCUUGGGCAAGUUGAUUAAUCCAUCCUCUGCGCCUGUUUCUUCUGUAAAAUGAAACUAAGAUGGUACCUACCUCAGGGCAGUUAGGAGGACUGCGCAUGCAUCCAGAACAGAGCCUGCCACUGUACAGCACCACAUUCACGCAGGGAAUUCUGUGGACAUGUUGGUGAAAUGGAUGAGCCACACCGGAUGGAUCUCGAGACACAGUCCGUCGUCAGCCGUUAACCAGAGGCCACAUGUCCCGUGGUUUUGUCUUGUGCUUGUCACCUUUACCACACGAAGCCUUAAGCAGAUGUUUCACUAUUGUUUGUGACCCCUUCUGGGCCCUCACAGCCUCCCUGUGUGUAACCAGGGCCACUAUGCAUGACCCCAGGCCCCAUGGCCCAGACUGUCCUGUGCACAUGCGCAUAGCACCUUUCAGUCUACUUGGAUGCCUUCCAUGAUUCGUUAGUACACUUCAUCUUACCAAGAAUCACCCUAACUGAAAUGUUAUUCAAAUUUAAUAUGAAAAAA